GUGUACAGCCCUAAAUUCGCGUCGCAGGUUGAUGGUUCCAGGCAAAGGUAAACUAGGGCAGGACAUCUCUACUUCCCUCCAACACGAUGAGCUUAUCACUCAUACAAGGCUACUCUUCCGCUGAAGAAGAAGAAGAGCGAUUUACACACGAAGAUUCCGAAGAAGACGAUGAGAACGAAGACGUCAAUCCAAAUCGCUCGGCAUCACUUAACUCUCUCUUCGAUCUCCCCAAAUCCUCGCGCGAUUCUUUGCUCCCGUCCGCGCUCGACGCAUUCUCAGAAAUCGCAGGACCACCGGAAUUUCUCAACAAUGCUAUCGCUGCAGAACAAGUUUCCGCGAAAGAACUCGAUGUGAGAGCGAGACAUGGCGGUCGCAGGGCGCGGAAAGAGAAGAAAGAUCUUCCGCCUGGUGUAGUUGUGGAGGCCAAAGCUCAACUGGUCGGAAUACGUGAACGAGUAAGAAGCGACGUCGAUGGGAAUUUCUCUCCUACGUCAGCAAUUACUCAAAAGGGCUCCAUGUCCUCACCUGCUGGAGAAGGCAAACGGGUGGCUUCUGCGACCAAUCCUGAUGCAAAAGAUGCUGCAGAGCUUCUGAGGAUGUGCCUGCAGUGUGGGGUACCAAAGACCUAUUCCAAUGCACAAGGCAUGGUCUGCCCAAUAUGUGGUGAUCGCCCUCCAGCAGACCCAAACAAAGAGUCUGAAAAGAAGAAGGGAUCUACGAUCAAAGAUAAAGAGAAGAGCAAGAGGAUGAAAGGCCAAUCAAGUCACUCUGCUUGGAAGAGUGAAACAGAGAUGCAACUACGGCAGCAGUUUGAUUAACAGGGUUCAAGGGUGUUUAGAGAGCUAAACUGUAUCUGUAAAGUUGCUAAAUCUCAGGCAGUUCUGUUAAGCAUUACAUGAUGAUUUUAUGCUUCAAAUGGUGGAUUGUAACUUAUGUUCAAGAAUUAUGAUAGGUCUUUUUCUUCUU